AACGCAAAAAUGGCGGUGUAAACACUUUUUGAGGGUGUGCGCUUGAAAUGAUAGCAGAAGUUUCUUUCCUUGAGCGGUCUUUAAUGGAGAUCCUGGGAUUUCACUCAAUUUUCUUAUUCAGGAUGAAUGAAAAGAUGUCGUAGUCCAGGUCAUGUGUCACAGUUGCUGUCAGAAUGUCUGUACAACCGAAAAGUGGAGCAUUAGUGGCCAAGAAUAAAAAUGGAAAACAGGAUGGCUCGGUCAAAAAAGGCAAAAAUUCAGUUAAAGUACUCUUACAAGAGAAUAAGACUCUGCAGGAGGAAAAGGAUGCAAUUACAAAAGAACUUGAUGACUUAAAGACUAAAUUUUCUGUACUUGGUAAAAAGAUCUUAGAUCAUGCAGACAAGGCUGAGUAUGGUUUGGAGGAUGAUCUAGACCCUUUACAGGUGAAUUUAGAUGAUCUCCUUGGUAUGCUCUCCAAAGUCAUAUCCAGAGACAAAAAGAAAAACAGAAUGGAGACACGUAUAGAGGAGUUGGAAACCAGAGUUACACAACUGACAGUAGAACAAGCUGAACUGCUCAGGGUCAGGGCCAAGUAUGAAGAAGGGUUGAGUGAAAUAUGCCAGUGUUAUGACAUGCCUGCUGUUAAAGUUCUGGUAGAAAAGAUAAGAGUUGAAGCAGAUAUCCCUCCACACUUCCUUGAAUAUCCUCAUGGGUAUUGUACAUCAACUGGUCCCUUGAAGCAUCCACCACCACAUAUUGUUCCUGCUAAUGUACUCAACACACCAAAGCCUCGUCAACGUCUACCAGGUGACACUCACAUCAGAAACAUGCUGAAAGAGCUCAAGGUUUUUAUAAUUAAGGAACUGAACAUGGAAAAGCCAUCACGAGCUGAUUGGAGAACCCUUGCACUCAGAGUUGGUAUUCCAGAAAGCAUUAUUGAGAAAUGGAGAUAUGAUCAGCUGGAUUCGCCAUGCAGCCACGUCCUUGCGAAGUGGAGCGAGAGUUGUGCAGCAACAGUGAGAAUGCUUCAUCGCCACCUCUUGUCACCUCAGUUGCGAUCUAUCAUCCUAGUAAGGAGGAUUGAAGAUUUUUAUGAUGUUGAAUGAAUUGAUGAAAUUAAAGAUUUGACACAGACUUUAGGGUAUUAGGACACUUAGUUAGAGCACAGGAGCAUUGAGACAGGAAAAGCUCCUAAACUUAAUUUAUUUUUUUGUACGUCUAGGGGAUCUCAUUUUAGACUGUGAUACUGAGGGCUAAAAACCGCCCAGGGUAUUCAACUGGUUGAAUAGAGAUAAUGUUAGGAAAUAAUUAAUCUUAUAUAAGGAACUUAGACCUAUGUUUGUUACACAUUACAACUUUUGGAAAAACAUAUGGCCUUUCAGAUGCUGUUCUCAGUAAUUAUGUGGCAGAUUUGUAGAAAAAUGUGUAGGUUAUCGUGCAUGUGAUUUAAACUAAACAUUUUCAGCAAACAGUUCUUCCAAGACAGAAUCCAUUUUUUAAUUAUUAUUCUCGUAUAAUUAUACUAGAACUUAAAUUAUCAUACUUAUUUUACAUACAAAACAAUUUUUAUAAAUUCCAGGUCAAAAUUUUUUAAGGUUUAAAAUGUGUCUCUGUAAAUGUUUUCUGUGAAAGGGGAAAACUCCUUUAAAUCAAUUUGAUAGAUAAUACAAUGAAUUUUUGUUGAUUAUAAUCUGAAUCUCAUUUUUGCAUUGGAUUCAGAUAUAUGUAGUCAACCAACCAAAAUACAAAAAAUAUAAAGAGAUAUGACAGAAAAUCUGAAAAUUUUUCAUGUUAUGAAGAUAUUAGAAAACAUGAAAAAAUUAAUUAAAAUAAUGUUUACUGUGUGUACAAAAUGUGCCCUUUGUCACAAUUAAUGAAGUUGGUGAACCAGUUCACUUCACACGGGUGAAUGCACUCAUCAUUACCAAUCCCCAGUGUUCUUUUACAGUGAAACACCUGUGAUUAUUUUACAAAUCACAUGCAUACAAUCAAAGAUGCAGAUUAUAUGUGCACAAAGCAUGUACAUGUAUGUGCAAUAAGUGUGUCAUCUUCUAAAAAUAAUUCAAUGAAGAUGUUUCAACAGUAUUCGUUAUUUGCUUCACAUUUCACAAUUUUUUUCUGUAAUCUGAAUCCUGUAUUCCAUGAAUCACCAUUAUUUGUGCAAUGUCUAUAGAGAAGACCAAUAACAUACAGUUCCCUUGUGUUUUUAUGUUACGUUUUAAUGCAAAAUGUACAGAGAGCUUAUCAAAGUGUUUACUGUAAUGUUGAAUUAGUUUGCAAAAUCAAAAUGCAGUUGGGUCUUUAUGUACUUUUCAUCACUUAUUGUUUCUGUACUUCUUGUCUGUAACACAAACCUACACUGUACUUUGUUCCCAUACUUAAAA